AUGACCAAAAGCCUAAGAUGUCUAUAUCUCCUGUUAAUGUUCUUUCAUUCAGGGGUGCAAAAUAUGAAGGGUGGUGGUGAUGAUGACGGCAACAGAGCUAAAAAUGAAUUGUCCCAGAAUGUUACUUCUUGCUCAAAGUUUAUGAAGGGUCUCAAAAUCUACAGUCCCACACCAGAAACCACCAUUGGAGGAAACGUGACACUGGAGUGCUACUGGGAGACAGACUGCCUGCCGAUUAACUACACCUUAUUUUUAAACAAAAUGAGAGCACUACGUCCUGCAACACAGAACAGGAGGGAAGAAAAAGUUAUAUUUAACUUCACAGUCAAUUCUAGCAGUGAACUGGGUCAAUAUAAGUGCAAAGCUGAGGGCAAAAUUGAGCCAGCAUAUAGCCAAGGUUUCAACUUUACAUUAAGAGAUGCUGUGAUUGUGAUUGCUCUAGUAAUGGUACAUGUCUUAAGCCCCAAACUUCAGCUCCAUAUAAGAGCCAGUGAACUGGGUCAAUAUAAGUGCAAAGCUGAGGGCAAAAUUGAGCCAGCAUAUAGCCGAGGUUUCAACUUUACAUUAAGAGCAGAAGAAAGGAAUAAUCUGGUUGCUUUCAUUGUGCCUCCUUUGGUUGUCCUGCUGCUACUGAUUGCAGUAGUUGUGGCAAUUCCACUGUUGAUCCUUCCUUGGUGUAAGACAAGGAAACUGAAGUCAGCCAAUAUUUCCACUGCAUAUGAUGAUAUUGGAGGAAACCAACUUGACAAUGAAAGUUAUGUGGCUUAUGGAGUAACUGAAGAAAAUGAAUAUUGCAAUGUGAAAAUUAAAACCAAGACAGAAGAUUACAGAAAUGGUAACUUUAUCUUGUGUGGAUCAAAAGCAUUCUGUGUGAGGGUCUAUGCACAUGCCUAUAUCUAUCUACGGAUGACCAAGUGUGUACAUUUGGGCUGGUGAAACUAGCCAAUAAUUGCAAUAACAUUAGCUAGUGCUACGUACCUAAACAGGAGCAUAUAAUUUUUCCCUUAAAAAGACAAUGAAAAAAUCCACAUCUGAGCAAGAGCUCUUUGUUGUUAGUUAGUAGAUGAUCUACUGCUAGCUUAUAUGCAGUAAGGAUAUCUAUAAGUCACUUGCGUGUGAAGCAAUGUAAUUAAAAUGCAGAGCAUACAUUAAAAUAAAAAUGUUUGUUUCUGUUCUAGUGAUCAUCAGUGAGGACAGUACAGUGAACUAUGCAGAAGUCAUCUGUAGAUAAGAGUGAUUCUUUUAUACAACGAGGAUGAAUUUUUAAAUUAUUCUUUAGUUCUGCAUUAUUCUUGUCACUCUUCAUCUGUACAACACAGCAGGCAAUCUAACAUCUGAGUAAGUGUCUAACAUUGAUGUGGUCCUGGGGUUCUCAUCAUUUUCCACCAUGCCAAAAAAUUUUGGUGGUGAACAAUUUUGAACCAUUCUAGUUUACUCACAAGGGUUAUAGUAAGAGUUAAGAGAAAGAAGCUGACAAAUGACAAAUAUACUGUAUAUAAUAUAUAUGAAAUUCAAAACUAUUUUUGAAUGGUCAAGCCAAGAACUGAUCAGGUCUUUUCUGUUCAGUUCUUCAGGAGUUCAGGAUUAUUUAUUGUCCAUCGCUAAUUUGGCUCCAAGCUGAUGUUCUGUUUUUAUUAAAGUCAUAUAAGACCAAUAUGAUGGUCACCAAGGCACGUAACACCAACUUUUUAUAUUAGCAUGCCUUCAAACUUUUGGAAAUGACGUUUAUGUAUAUUGUGGAAAAUGGGCAAAAAGAACAAUUUGAUUAAGUACAUUAGGAUGGUCCUUCUUCAGAUGAUAGAUGUCUUAUUAACAUAUCCAUGCCAAUUUCUAUUCAAAUCUGAAUUACAGAGAAAAACAAGUAAUACUGAACCUCUGAAAUACCAGUGUGGUUUUUAAAAAACAAG